UUAGUCAUGUCUGGCUGCCACUUUAUCGGCCCCUCGGCCUCUUGCAUGCCCACUAUUAUUAAUAUUAGGAUAGUCGUGGCCGCACCCAUCGUGUCUCCCUCUUCAUUAUUUGUAGCAGAGUUGCCGCUUAGUGAGUACCGUCUCUCUCUCUCUCUCUCUCCCCCCGCGUCAGAGUACAGCUCUCUGCUUCGUUUGUCUCCCCAUGGCUAAGGAAUGGGAGAUGAUGAAUUUUACAGUGGGGAUGGGAAUGGCGUCCAGUCCGGCUGCUGCUGCGCCAGUGACGACGUGCCUCUACGGCACCAUUCCUCCCGUCGUGGACGAACUCCUCGACUUGUCGUCGUCGCAGCAUGACGACUGCUUUCCCUCUGCGGAGGGGGCUGCGCCGCCCGCAGGACCGGCGUGGUUCUCCGAGUUCAAACCUCUUCAGGCUCCCAACUCCUCCUUCGAUCUUUACAUUCCGCACUGCGAGGACGCGGCGGAGCUGGAAUGGCUGUCGAAGUUCGUGGACGACUCUUUCUCCGACGUGCCUUACUAUAAUUCCGGCCUGGGGGCAGUAACAGCCGCUGUGGCUGCGGCUUCAGUUAAGCGGGACCCGCCGCCGCAGAGUAGGGCGGAGCAGUCGUCCACUGUUUCGGCCGCGUGGUCGUCGUUGGUGGCCGGGAUAGUGCAGAACGCGUCGCCGUCUUCCCCGUCGUCCUCGUCGUCUUCUGAGUUUCCGGAAAAGGCCGGAAGCACUGGGAACGCCGGGAAGGGAGGAGGGAAGGGGAAGAAGGGCGGCGGCGGCGAAGGAAGCGCAGGGGGCGUACGGCGCUGCUCGCACUGCGCGUCGGAGAAGACGCCGCAGUGGCGGACGGGGCCGCUUGGACCCAAGACGCUGUGCAACGCCUGCGGCGUGCGGUACAAGUCAGGGCGGCUCGUGCAGGAGUACCGACCGGCGGCUAGCCCUACCUUCGUGCUCUCCCAGCACUCCAACUCCCACCGCAAGGUCAUGGAACUUCGCCGCCAGAAGGAGAUGCUCCUCGUCGGCCAUGGCACCCAGCAGGAAGGCGAUGCCUCCUCAUCCUCCGCCAUCUCGGAGCUCAUCCAUGGCGACUAUGCGAUCAGCUCAGCGCCGUCUCCUCUCACCGGCGGCGGCCGUCAGUAGCGACUUCCACCUCUCCUCUGCAUUAAUUAGUUAAUUAAUUAAUCAAACUAAAAAAGAAAUUCUAUCUUGUUUCUUAAUUAAUUAUGCUCCGCUAAUUAGCUCUUAUUGGAUCGGAUUCUCCGUGAUGGAGAUUCGCAGGAGAUCAGUCGGUCAAGAUCUUAUUAAUUAAUCUCUCUCUAUUUUAUUUUUUUGCAAAAAAAGUAAUAUGUAAAAAAAUUUUAAAAAGGUAAACGAAAUAUUAAUUAAUGGAGGGAUGAGAAAGGCACGUGAUGUGCCUGCUACCCGACAAGAAAGCUUUGAUAUAAUUCAAAUCUAAA